AUUGAAAUUCUAAAGGGAAUAGAAGUGGUUAGAAAUUAUAAACAUUUGUUGCCACAAGAAGUUGGCGAAGUCUUGGAUGAUACUGUGUCUAAACUGAAGCACCGGAACAAGUUAGUUACUUUAGCUGAAACUUCCCAUGGGGGCUGGACUACGGUGUCCGAAUAUGAAAAACCGCUGUUGGGUUCAGAUAGUGAUGACGAAAAGCGCAUUAAACAGGCAGAGGCCAGGGCUCUCAAGAAAAUUAAGACAAAGAAAACCACUUCUGUUCCUCGCAGUUCCUCUCCUUACAAUAUUAAUAAACGUUUGUAUGAUUUCAUGGGGAGACCUAACAACAACCAAGGACAGGGCAGUCCUUUUCCUGACCGGUUUCUGCAGUCCUUUCGUUCCUCACAUGGUACUGGAACAUCCAGAGAUGCGGCCAUCUGCUUCUCCUGCGGUCUUAGGGGCCACUUCCGUCACGAAUGUACAGCCAGAGAUCAGUCCAGGACCCGAGGCAUUCCCGCUACCGUCAGCAGAUACUCACCCGGAGAACCAGCCAACACACCAAGAAAAGAUUAUAAAUGA